AUGUUUAAUAAUUCUACUGUCAACUCUACUCGUCCUGGUAUUCCUGUUCCUUACUACGGCAAGAUACCAUGGACUGCGGCCUUUUCUCUUCAAUUUGUUAUGGCCAUGAUGGGAAACUUCCUUAUAGUGUGGAUAGUCUUUAGGGACAUUCGAUUAAGAAGUUCCACGAAUUACUUGAUAACCAACAUGGCGGUCAGUGAUCUUAUUGCAGCUCUCUUUGUCUUUCCAUGGAUACUAGUGCUCCUUAACUUUGACGGACAAUGGCUGAUUGGUGGGUUCAUUGGUAAUGCACUGUGCAAGCUAACUCCAUUUACAAUAUAUAUGUCUUUCAGUGUCUCUACUUAUAGCUGUGUUGCCAUUUCAAUUGACCGGUAUUUUGCCGUAGCCUAUCCAUUCAAGAGACCGUUUCAGGGCAAGAUGAAAAAGGUCAUUGCAGUAAUUUGGAUUGUCGCAGCCGUAAUCUGUUCACCAUUCUUGUACUUUGUCACCACACUUCAAUAUGGCAACUUAGUGUAUUAUACAUUGCAAGGUUUGGUCAGUAUUUUGCCAGUGUUGUUCAUGACAAUCAACUACACUCUCACCAUCUUCAAACUUUAUCAUCGCAAAGUACCAGGAUUGUUAACCUCAAAACAAAGAAGACGAAAGCAGCAGAAUAAAAAAGUGUUAAAACAUGCUGUGACAAUUGUGGUUUUGCUUUAUCUUUGUCGCGGGGUUUGGUUCACUUUUUUCAUGUUGUAUUCUCAACGAAAGUUGGACCAUGUGUCGAAGUCAUCGUAUUACAAUUUGAUGUAUGCCUCAGUUUUCAUUUCCUACCUCAGUCUCGUGUAUAACUUCUUCAUCUACCUCAUCUUCAAUGAUAUUUACCGUGGGAAUAUCAAGGCUCUGAUGCCCAAGUGUURCUCUCGAUACAAUGCUAACAUUAGACAGGGAAGACAAGGUGGAGGAGCAGUUAUAGAAAUGAACGAAAUUAAUUAA